CGACAGAGCCUGUAUAAUUGUUUUGAUUUUUCUAUGUUAUGUUUUUAGUUGUUGAUAAAGUUUUACUAUAUUUCCUUACUAUUUAUCAAAACGUAAUUAAAUAAAAUGUCGAAAUCUGCUCACAUAGUCGACGGCGAAGCUUCAGAGUCCUCUGAUUCUGAAAUUGAAAUCGAAAUUGGUAAACCUCGGGCUAUGCCAUCACAAAAUGUGGAUAAUUUUGUCAUAACUGGAGAAGCGCCGGAGUCUGAUGAUGAUUCCAAAAUGUCCCCAAGAGAUCCAAUUGAGCUGGAUCUCCCAUUAAACAUGGCGGCAUCUCCACCAACCAGCCCCAACAAGCUAGUGUACACUUCAUUGCUGCAUCAGAAAUUAUGGGAAUGUAACGUGUCCCUGCGAGCGAACAUUGAAGGUCUUGUAAGGCAUACUACAGAUAUUUCCGUUGAGAAAUUAACCAGUGUUGAUAAAACUUUGCUAAAUGUACAGGAGAGUAUGCGAGCAACUAAUGCCAAUUUAGCGCUGGCUAAAGCAAGACUCAAGCAGAUAACAGAAGCAUUAGAUAAAGCGAACUGUUCCUCAGCUUUACCGACUGUGAAAGUGAAAUAGUGAUUUUUAUUUUUAAACUUUCGCGUUUAGUCCAUAUCAAUUUUACAAUUUUAGGGUAAAUAAAAAAUAAAUAUUCGGGUCAUUGAACUUCCUAAAAUAUGGUCGAGCGCAGUGAUGGCUGGCCCAUACGUCAUACUGGUGAACGAGUGCUGCUUGUAGGGACUGGUCAGCAUUAAUCACUACAACUGAUUUAAUUUUAAUAUGUAUUUGAUGUUUGACCCUAAUAAAUUAGUGC